AUGAGCCGACAAAAAGAUAGUGUGGAAGGCUUAUUCUCAGAAUCUCAGAAUCUCAGAAUCUCAGAAUCUCAGAAUCUCAGAAUCUCAGAAUCUCAGAAUCUCAGAAUCUCAGAAUCUCAGAAUCUCAGAAUCUCAGAAUCUCAGAAUCUCAGAAUCUCAGAAUCUCAGAAUCUCCGAAUCCUAGAAUAUCAGAAUCUCAGAAUCUCAGAAUUUCAGAAUCUCAGAAUCUCAGAAUCUCAGAAUCUCAGAAUCUCAGAAUCUCAGAAUCUCAGAAUCUCAGAAUCUCAGAAUCUCAGAAUCUCAGAAUCUCAGAAUCUCAGAAUCUCAGAAUCUCAGAAUCUCAGAAUCUCCGAAUCCUAG